AUUGCUAUCAACCAACAUCAAAGAAUCUAUCCAUAAAGAAUGGAUGAGCUCAGCAAGGAUCAGAUUGCCCUUCUACGGAAGGCCUUCGACACCUUCGAUGUCGAGAAGAAGGGCAGCAUUGGAACCGUCAUGGUUGGCACCAUCCUGAGUAUGUUGGGUGUCCAAACAACCGAACAAAUUUUGGACGAAAUUAUCGCAGAAGUGGACGCUGAUGGUUCCGGUGAACUCGAAUUUGAAGAAUUUAUCACUCUUGCCUCUAGAUUCAUGGCAGAGGAAGAUGCAGAAGCAAUGCAGUCAGAAUUGAAAGAAGCCUUCAGGUUAUACGACAAAGAAGGGAACGGUUACAUUACCACUGCCACACUUAAAGAAAUUUUGAGAGAGUUAGAUAAUAACUUGAGCGAUGAGGAGCUAGAUGGUAUCAUUACUGAGAUUGAUACCGAUGGAUCAGGGACCGUUGAUUACGAUGAAUUUAUGGAGGUGAUGACAGGUGGAGAUGACUAAUUUAAACUGUGUGCAAUAAAUCAAGUAAAUAAUAUAAGUAGUAAGUCUUUAUUAAUAAUAUAUUGAUGUAUACCCCGUUUAUUUGGCAUGUGUGACAUGCAUUUGUCCAGUCGUGUCAACAGAUGGAUCUCCGUUGUGUGUAAUUACUGAUUACACUCCGAACUCUAUUUUGACAAGUGUAUUGAUAAUAUUUUUGGGGGAACAGGCAGAUGUUAUUAAUUUUUAUAUCAAUUGUGAAUUAGCCUGCUGUGAAAAGUGGCAGCUCACACUUGGCAAAAGCAAAAUUACAGAAUGCAAUGGCACGUUGCCACGUUUAAUUAGUGAUCAGAUUUACUGAUUAAUUUUUGAAUCCAAUUAAUUCUUUUUGUGUUUAUUUCUCGUCGAU